UUCAACAACAAACACAGAAAGAGUCUCAAAGCUACGAUUUUUUUCUUCUUUUUCUUGUCCUGUGAGGUGUUCACCGCUGCCUGAUGCCACCGCUCUCCGCCGCAUUUGCCACCACUUCUUUCUUCCUCCAUCGCCGAUAGCUCUCUGCUCUCCGCCACCUACAGAGCUCUGCCGCCACUUGAAGCUUUCCGCGUUCUGCCGUCUGCACCCUAUCUCCAGCCAUCACUUUCUCCCUGUUCUCCGCCGCCAACAGAACCCUAACACUAUCGAGGUCAGGGUUUUCAAAGUUUGGAUUUUUACUCUUCUCUUUCUUCGGGGUUCCCUUUCAGCAAGUCAAAAUAGAACAGAAUAAAAUAGAAACGAGAAGGUUAACGAUCCUCGGCUAAAUGGGGGAUCGAGAAGAAGAAGAAGAAGGAAGAAGGAGAGUGGUGUUUGUGACAGUUGGAACCACUCGUUUUGAUGCUCUUGUGAGUGCAGUUGAUUCAGAAAAUGUCAGAAAAGUUUUGGCAGCUAAAGGCUAUACCCAUCUUCUCAUUCAAUUGGGUCGUGGAUCCUAUCUUCCUACUAAGUCAGACGGAGACGAUGGCUCGCUGGCUGUAGACUAUUUUACUUUUUCAUCAAGUAUUGCAGACUAUCUCAGAUCAGCUUCUCUUGUAAUCAGCCAUGCAGGAUCAGGUAGUAUAUUUGAGACAUUGAGGCUGUGUAAACCUUUAGUAGUGGUUGUGAAUGAGGAUUUGAUGGAUAAUCAUCAAAGUGAGCUUGCAGAAGAACUUGCAGAGAGAAAACAUCUCUACUAUGCUAGGCCUCAAAACCUCUAUCAAACAUUAGCAGAUAUGGAUUUAAAUACCCUCCUUCCCUACUCUCCAGGUGAUGCUACACCAGUGGCCAAGCACAUCAACAGAUUCCUUGGUUUUCCUGAUGAUUGAUUCAAAGCCUCUUUUUUCCCCCUUUCUUUUUUUGGUUUUCAUGAGUGUAUCUACGAGGGAGGGUAAUUGAUUUUGUUAAUACUUCUGUUUCUCCGUUGGUUUUAUGGAGUGUUAUUGUUUUGUAAUAGAUUUUUGUGUCCAAAGAAAACAAUCAAACAUGUUGAUUUAUUGAACGAGCAAAAUACAUGAGCAAGGAUUACAAUCAAAACACAAACAUUAGUACAUUA